AUGGUAGUCCGUAUUCAUGAUACAUAUUAUGAUGCUAAGGCAACCCUAUUAUCGGAUGAUGCUAUCAAAAAAAUUAGAGAAUCCAGAGGGGCCAUUCUAUCUCAGCGUGUUUUGGAUAAAAAUUUCAAGACUGAUAAGUCAAAACAGAAUCUUGAAGUAGUACCACCAGUACUAUCUACGUCUACUCCGACUAUGAAGAUUCCAAAAAAGAAUGGUCAAAAAAAGAAGGACUCUCAUGAAUUAGAAAUAAGACAAAAAAAAAUGAGAACAAAGAUGACGUGCUCUCUAAUAAUUUGCCAGAUGCAUCCUAAGAAAAAAGGUUGGAAUCUCUUCUUGAAAACUUAG